CAAACUUGUCAAAACUGAUAACCAAAGUUUGUUGUUGUUAUUAUUAAAAUCGCUUGAAAAAUUAAAUUUUGAUUUUACGUUUAAUAUAAGUUAUAUAUAAAAUGUCGCAAAGACGACAAAUUAGAACAAGUGCCGUAGAAGAGAUUACUACGUCGGACCGUGCCGUGAUAGAAUGCGUUCGAUAUAUUUUUUCUCGUGAAGGAAGCAAAAUUCCAAUUAAAAGGGCAGAAAUUUUAAAAUAUUUACAAAGUACCUGCGAGACUUCUACCAAUCAAAUUAGUAGUAUAAUGGUUGAAGCGAACAAAGUUUUAAAAACGGUAUAUGGAUAUAAAUUGGUGCAGGUUGAGGCAAAGACUGGUGUACAAUACAUUGUAGUACUUGAUGAGGAGUGUCAAUCAUUGUCAUCAAGUGUCAUAGAUCCACAACAACGAAGAAUAUUGAUAGCAUGCUUAAUUCAUAUAUUUAUGUCUGGAUGUCCUGUUAAAGAAGAUGACAUGUGGAAAUUCCUCUCGGAAUCUGGUCUGUUGGAAGAAAAUGAUUACUCUGGCAGGAAAUCAUUUAUCAGCACUGCAACCAAACAGAUGUAUUUACUUUAUACCAAGGUUGGCGAUGGUGAGUUAGCAAGAAAUAUAUUUGAAUGGGGCAAAAGAGCCACCGAGGAAGUGCCAAAAAAUUUUUUACUUAACAAAAUGGCUGAGGCCUUAGGCAAAACACCAGAUCACUGGUAUGAACAAUAUAAAGAAGCUACUGAAGGGACUUAAGUUUAGAUUUACAUAUUUUUAUAUAUAUUUAUUAAUAAAAAUAAAUCAUACACAAAUAUGUUGUUAUUAUAAUCCACUGUGUUCACGUUUAGUACACACAAAUGACGGUGAUUUGUUCCAAGUACUAGACAGUACAACUUUUUAGCAACAACAUAGAGUUGUUUUAACUUUGGUUAAAAACUUUGGCUAGAGAGAAAGAAGUAUCGUCGUUUGGCUUAAUCCACUCCUAAAGUUCAUCUAAUUUACAUC